GCGCAGCCGGCGCGGAGAGGGGCCGCCCCCCGCCCGCUCCGCUCCGCGCCCGCCGUCGGUGCCGGUGAAGGCGGCGGUGGCGGUGCCGCCGGCUCCCGCCGCCCCCCUGGCCCCGGCCCCGCGUCCCUAUGGCCGGGCAGGAGUGGGACUGGUUCCAGCGCGAGGAGCUCAUCGGGCACAUCAGCGACAUCCGAGUGCAGAACCUCCAAGUCGAACGCGAAAAUGUACAGAAGAGGACCUUUACCAGAUGGAUAAACCUGCACUUGGGAAAGUGCAAGCCUCCUUUGAAAGUGAAAGACCUGUUUAUUGAUAUACAAGAUGGCAAAAUCUUGAUGGCGCUCCUGGAAGUCCUAUCAGGACAAAAGCUGAUGCACGAAUACAAAUCCUCAACCCAUCGCAUUUUUCGUUUGAACAACAUAGCCAAAGCACUUAAGUUUCUGGAGGACAGUAACGUAAAGCUUGUUAGCAUUGAUGCAGCAGAAAUAGCAGAUGGAAAUUCCUCUCUGGUACUUGGACUAAUAUGGAAUAUUAUCUUGUUUUUUCAGAUUAAGGAACUUACAGGCAACCUCAACAGGAACUCCUCCUCCUCCAGCCUGUCCUCUGGGCCCAGUGGUCCAGAAUCAGACACAUCCCCCAGCACUCCCAGCGUGGAGAGAAACAUGUCCAUUACAGUGAAGGAUCAGCGGAAAGCCAUCAGGGCCCUUCUAAUCUGGGUUCAGAGGAAAACCAGAAAGUAUGGCGUUGCAGUCCAGGACUUUACAAGUAGUUGGAGGAGUGGCCUUGCUUUCUUAGCCGUCAUAAAAGCCAUAGAUUGUACUUUGGUAGACAUGAAGCAUGCACUGGAGAAAUCAGCACGAGAAAACCUGGAGGAUGCUUUCAGCAUAGCGCAGAAUAAACUGGGUGUCCCUCGGCUCCUCGAACCAGAAGAUAUCAUGGUGGAGUCACCUGAUGAACAGUCAAUCGUGACAUAUGUGGCACAAUUUCUGGAGCACUUCCCAGAGCUGGAAGGGGAAGACUUUACAGAUCCUGACAAGGAGCUUCCAAUUGAGUCCACUUACGUCCACAUCAAAGACACACCGUCAGAAAAGGAAGGCAAAAUCUUGAUUUUAAGUGAAAGUGAAGAAAGCACGUAUACUGUUAAUCAUGAGAGGAGCCAUCCAGCUCCUCCAAAGGUCCAUAUUCAUGACAUCCCUGAGAGAAUCCCAUCAGAAACUUCUGAAAAUUGUAAUGGGAAACUGAGUCAAGUGUUAGAUGAUUUACAGGGAAUGUCUGAAGAGGAGCCUCAAAGGCCUACCUCACUGAAAAUUACGGGACCUGUCAGUUUUGAAUCCAAUUCCUCUUGGGAGGUUCUAAAUGAUAAAUUCAUGCCAGGUGAAGGCAGCAUCUCUGAUGAUCCACUGAAACAGAAUGAUGACCUUUCUCCAGCUGUUCUGACAGAUCAGAAAAAUUCUGUUGACUCUUUUGAAGAAUACUCUGAAGAAUUAACUAAGGAAACACCUACUGAAUAUGACAAUGAAACCAAGAGCCUUUCAGCCAAUACUUCUUCUUUGAGUCCAUUAUCCUGGACUUCAGGUAUACUUACAGAUGAUUCUAUCAAUAAAGUCGAAGAAAGCAAACCUCAGUCUUCAAUUCUUUUACCAGAAGAUACAUCAAAACAAGAAGAUACACAGAAGUACAUUCUCCACCUUCUAAAUGAGGAAGUACAGACACUUCCACAAGAUGAACAUACAAAGGAAUCACCUGUCCUGGAGACAAUAGAAACGAACCCUUGUUCACCCAGCGGUUCUAAUCUCGAAAGCCAAGAACUAUCUACACAGCAUGAAACAUCUGAUGACUCUCUCUCAGAUGUUCCUAAAACUCCAGAGGACCUGGACAGCUGUGAUGAAAUUGAGUCUGCAGCUGAAGUGAUACCCAGUUCUUCGAAAGUAUCUGUGAUACCCCAUGAUCUCUUUUAUUAUCCACAUUAUAAUGUUCCCAUAUCAGCAGUUCUGAAUGCUUAUCUCGAGCCUUGUAUUGAAGCUUAUGAUACAGGAAAUGAAAAAGCUUCUUCUGAAACAGUAACAGAUGUUUUACAUGACCAGAACUUACCAGAACAGGACCACAAGGAAGAUGCUCCAGAGCCAGACUUGGAGAAUAAGCUAGGUACCUCUCCAUCAGAAACAGACACUGAGAACAGCGAGGAGGAAACUACAAAAACAAGCAGUCAUGUGAAUUCUUCUGAUGAAAAGGAAGUGCCAUUAAUAGUAGAAGAGUUAGAAAUAGAAGAAGAUGGCAAUAAGGCCACCAACCAUGAAGAUUCUGCUAUUCCACAACAUCCUGAGGCCAUACUAGAACAUCCAGAGGAUUUACCAACAGCCAUAAAGACACCAGAAGAAAAUAGUAAUGGGGAGGAGGAAGAGAAAAAUAUGAUUGGAGAAAAUAGUAAUGGGGAGGAGGAAGAGAAAAAUAUGAUUGAAAAAAAUAGUAAUGGGGAGGAGGAAGAAAAAAAUAUGAUUGAAGAAAAUUUGCAGAUCUCAGAAGUUGCUACUACUACUCUAUCACAAGAUGACCUGGAAGAAAAUGCUGAAUUCCAGGAAUUUACCAGAAGCAGUGACAGUGACAUUCAUCUCCGAAAAAGGUUUUCUCGUAAUGCUUCCGAGGAGGAAACCUAUGGUGUAAAUGAGCAGAAGAUGACAGAUAUGGGUGAAAAUCCUUUAAUCAUCGGGAAGAAAAAGGACUUGGAAUCAAGAGAGACUCCAGCACCAACUCAUGAGAUAACGAUUUUUGAGCAGCCAGAGCUAUUCUACUUUGUCAUUUUCUUCUGGGUGCUGGUCUACUGCCUUUUACUCCUUCCACAGCUUCUUAGCAACAAAGUUUGAUCUGUGUGAGGUGUGGAAAAUAAAGGGAUAGUGGCUGGAUUGCUUUGUGUAUCUGCAAACGAGUAUGUUCCUUCAGGUGAAGCACAAACAGAAAUCCAGGACCUGGUAUUUGUGUUUAUUAUCAGGUUGGCCUCAAUUCCGCUACUGUUGUGCUAUGACAGUGUCAAAGCACGUUUUAUAUUAUGGUAAUUGUGUAAAUAUAUAUAAAAAUUACCUGAUUUAGUAGAUGCGAUUUUGUACAUUUGUGCCUUGCUUUAUAAGAUGCUAAAUAAAACAAGAUAAUUAUCAGUAGAGGUAUGAACAAUUCAGAGCUCUAGUCUUCAAAAAUUAUUCUUCUGGCUUCAUUUUCUUAUGUAGGGCCUGAUAGCUGUGGAAGAGGGAUGGUGUUGACUUACCUCUGGAUCUGACCACUUGCAAGGGCAAGGCUAGAAAUGCUUCUUCCCAUUUUCCAUUUGAAAGAGUUGGAAGCAGAGCAGAGCUACAGGUAGUGAAACUCACACCAGGAAUUUUUUACAGUUCCAACAGCAAAUCCAGUGAAGCAACAAAAUGAGAUUGAGGGUAUAUUGGAGUAGGGAAGUUUGCUUUUUUUUUUUUUUUUUUUUUAGGAUUUAAAGUAAUUUUUAUCCUGCACCUUUUGUAUUCUUAAUUUGCAGGAAUAAACUGGGUAUGGUGAAGAACAUACAUGCUACUGCUUCUUAGGAGAAUUUACAUGGGAAAUCUCAGGCCAGAAACUAAAGUUUUUUUAAAAGUACCUCAGUGCUUCUGAGUCUGCUUCUGCUUCAAUUUCUUUGCUGCUUUUACUUACAGAUUGCAUAAAGAUUUCUGUCUUUUGCAGAUACAAAAAAUAAUAGGUAACCAGCUUUGCUGAGGCUACUGUUAAGGCACUAAGGCAUGGUAAAAGAAUUAGAAAUAUCUUUUAAGUGUCCAAUUUAAUUGAGAAAGAAAUGACAGAUGUAAAACUAAGUACAGAGAAAUGCUGACAAUUAGCACAACUGAAGAGAUUCCUGUGGCUUAUCCAUGGGCACAGUUGAGUUACUUCUGCCUCUUGUAAUAUUUAUCCACAUCAAUGAUUACUUUAGGAUAUUUGAUAUAGGAUUUUUGCCAGAGAACGUGUAAUCCAUGUAUUGUAGGACAAAAGAGAAGUCUUCAAUUUCAUAGCAGUAACUUUUCUCAUGUGAUUUUUAGUGAAGUCACUACUUCUCAUUGGCAAAUUUUUAGUUUCUCCAUAUGCUUUAUGAGACUGCAUCACAUUGCUGCUUUCACCUGAAAAUUCAGAAGCUUGACUGCAGUGUGCUUCCUGAAAUGAAUUUUACUCUGAGUAAUUUUACUCUGAGUGAAAAUUAAAUAACAUGGCUAUAACUUUUACAUAUUCUGUUGUAGCAUAAGGUGUAUCCCUACCCUGGCUAAGUUUUCAGCUGAACUAAUAGCACCUGGGAUAAAGAUACAUCAAAAUACAUAGCAACAGAGCUGCAGUUAGAAUUCAAGAGAAGUAAGGAAUGACAGAUCUUAAACAUUGGAGAUAAAAUUCUGAACACCUUUUAACAAAGCUGAAAUCUUUCCUAUUCUGUUCUGACACUUGACUAGAGCUGGACUCACCCCAUGAACCUAGAAAUAAGAUCCAUUUUUCUUUUUGAGGAAGAGAUCCAAAUGUCUCAAUUCAAUUUGGUUUAAAUCAGCUUAAGUAAAAAAGAAAAAUAAAAAUUUUUUUCAUCUUGUUCACAAAAACUGUCAAGAUUUUGAGUCAACUGAUUUUGUGAUCCAUGAACCUGUUUGUGCUUGUUGUGGAUGAGUGAUAUUUUCUUCCAAAAGAAAACCUACAUAUGAAUUUUUGCAGGUGCUUUCUGGAAGUAGGCUAAAAUAGAAAGUUGAAGGGUUAGUGCUUUUCCUCUGAAAGAAUAAAAGAUAAGAAACCUUUUACUCUUAUCCUGAAAACCAGAGAAUACCAGGCUAGGGUAUGGCAUCUAUUUAAUAGCAGCAAGUUUGGAGCAAAACUGUUGACAGCUUUUCAAUAUGUUCCACUUUUCAUAGGCUUCUUUGGUUUAUGAUAACUUUUUCUGACCCUUUGUAUCUUUACUCUGAUUCUUCCAUGUUUAUUAAUCUUCAGCAGAGGCUAAUUGGAGUUGGAUUAUAGUCUCUUUAGAGGGCUUUGCAGCUCUUAAAGUUCAAUCAAGUAUGCUCCCUUCUUCUUUUCUUCCUGAUAAGAAAGUUAAUCAGGAUAGGGAGCUCUUUGGAUGUCUUAGCUAAACAACUGACAUCCAUGAAGAAUGGAAAGGUGAACGGGAAUGUGCUGAUGCCAGAAAUGUCAUUACACAGUAUUUUUGCCACUGAUGAGCAGUGACUGAUACAUUGAAAUGAGCAGUUUAAAUGUCAAACAGCAUCCUGCAAUUGGUCAUCUCAGCCAAUGUUUCAAUUGAUGUAUGCUUUCCCAGCCUAUCCCAUUGAGAGAGAUUGCUUCUUCCAUCCAAAAUAGAUGAAAAAAAAUACUAAGCCAUUCCAUGAUACUUGGUAUUACAUUGCUUUUAAUUUUUGGGUUUUUGUUGGGUGUGCUGUAACAGAAGCAGUGUACCUUACCCAGACAUUCCAUGGGUGAAAAGAUCCAGGGUGAAGCACUAAGAAUGAUUAUACUGGUGUUGUCAAUUGUGCUUAAAAAAAAGACUGAACUCUUCAAGAGUUAUGCCUUUACCUGGAACUGUAAAGACUGACAUCUGCACAAGCAGCAGCUUCCCCCAGUUAAACUGACUUGUGAGCCUGCAUCUCUUCUUCCACAGUACAAGAUCCAAUUCCUUAAUGCAAGUGCCCUGUUCUGAAAACACUGCUAGGUUUUGGGCUUUGUGGCUUAUUCUGAGCUGCUGCCUGAAAGCCUGAUUGUGAAAUAUUUAUUAUGGCAAAGCCUAUUUUAACUUGCUGCCCAGAGGACUGGCUGGCAAUAGUGGAGGGUUUAAACCCUGGUGGGCAAUCCAUUGUCUACCCAUUAUCCAGCAGAUAUAUGCACUGUCUCAAUACAGAAGUUUUUGCUGAGCUUUUGCUUGGGUUGAAAAUGCUAAGCUUGAACUGCCCACAUUUGGUAUAUUGAUUUAGCAGCUGAAUUCAGAUACACCGGGGUACUGAUCUGUUAAGACUCUUUCUAAAACCUCCUGGUUUUGAGCAAAUGUGGGUAGCAGAGCAUUGUGAAGUGUGUCAGGAAGUGCCUUGAGGAUCACUGGAUAAAGGAUGUUUGGUGUUCACAGAAGCAGCAUUAAAGACUGAGUGGCAACUGUAAUAGGAUGGUUCAAUGUCAUUGUAGUCAUGUAACUUAACUGCAAAGUGUUUAAUUGUGAUUUUAUAGAAAGUGCAAGGAAUGAUACACUAUUAAAGACAGAAUCCCACUAAACAUUUAUGGGGCAGAUGACUUAGAGAUGAGGAACCGAGUUAAACUGUCACAUAACCUACAAACUGACCAGAAUACAGCUUUUGCCAAAUUGUAGGAAAUUAUCAGGCAAAGGCAGGGCAAGCACAGACUACAGUAAAAAACGACAAUCAAUUUUCAGUGCCAUGAAUAUUUUUGAGAGAUUGAGCUCUAAAAUGUAUUUUUAUUGAGUUUCUAGAUUGUAAUGAAUGUGUCUACAGAAUUUUAUGCAAAGCUUGAGAGUUCAGCUGUUUUAAAAUGAUUUUUUAUAUAGCAGUGAUUAUUUUAUCUCUAUAUUUAAUAGAACUGUAAAACCAUUUUAAGAGUACUUGUAAAAUUCUAUGUAUGUGAUACGAUUAUUUAUUAAUUAUGAUUAAUGAGAAUGAACAUUAAGCUAUGCGUUGGUUGUGUCAUCCAUUUGAAAACUGGAAACUGCAAAGAGCUUUUAAUGAGCAGCAGAUCUGAAAAUCAGAGGAAAUGAUUGAAUACAUUUGUGUGAUUCUUAAAGCUGCAUAGCAAUAUGUCAUUUUGUGAUGUUAAACUUUCAGCUAAAGUGGCAAAAUAUACUGAGUGAUCGAGCUACUUUCUUCCAUUAAAACUUCCUAAGGCUGAAAUUUCUACAUGUUGAUAUUUGGUGUCUAAACCCACUUAAAUCCCGUAUAUUUUCUGGACCCUCUCAGUUUACUCCUGUUCAGUAUGACUGUAACUUCUUUAUUCAAGUAGUGCUCCGCUGAGUUUACAAGGGUACAUGCCAUAUCCACUGGGGGUUUUUAGGGUUCUCUGCACUAAUCCUCAAAGAAUCCAAGCUUUAGGAGAUUAAUCACAUUCAGCCAUCUAACAUACAAAUAAGUAUAAUAGUGCAUUAUCACUUAUACUAGCUUUAAAUACUUGGGAGUCCCUUCUUGCCAAACACAAACAUGAAUGCAUCCAGUGAUGUGUUCAGUUCCUCUACUUCUGUGGAAGUCAGUGCAACACAUCUGUGUGCUAAGCACACACUACAAGAUCUGGCCCUGAGGGCACUUCAAUCAACACCAACCGCAUAGGCCAGGAAGUUGCUGAAGCCUAUGCAAUGCCCAUGCAAAUCCAAUUACACCAACCAUACACCACUCACUUCAGUUACCUACAUUUUAUACACAGCAUUUGUGUGCCUAAAUCCUGCAGAAUCAACCCUCCAAAGAGAGGAAGUUAACAUCUACUUCUAUCUUCAAUUAAGAGAACAGCAGCAGGGAACAAAUAACUGGAAAACAGUGAGGUUUCAGGGUGGGCUAUGGCCAUGGAAGUUCCCAAACUGCUACAGUUGCAAGCUCAGACUCUGACAAUAGGCUGCCUGCUGUUUCCAUUGAGCUUAUAGGUAACAGAUCUGAAUGGAGGUAAAAACCACUAAAUCCUUUGUAUUUCUGCAUUGUGCAGGUUUUUGUCAGGCAAACAACUUCUCCUGGCACACCACUGGUAACACCAAUUUACAGCUGCCCAACUUACCAUUGUUCAUGUUCCAGGUUUGUAUAUAAACAGGACACACAGUAUGGCUUGUCCUCACCCAUACCAGCCCAUGAAGCCACUCAUGCAGGAGAAUGGGAUACAUGCAUAUUAAAUGAUAUGGAAAAGUCAUGUUCCCUGUGGAGUAGCUCACUUUCUCUGUCCAUUGCUUCAUACAACUCCAGAGCUCACAAAGGGGGAAAAAUUAAUCUUUAUUUUUUCAAGUGCCAUAAUCAUUUCAGGGUUAUCUUAACUGAAAUUGUGGAACAUCGAAGUAUUUAUUUUCUCCACUAAAUGUAAGACAUGGAAAACCUCCUUCCACCUCAGUGGCACCUUUGACAAUUUCUUUCCAAGCAGCUGCUACUGCUGCUACUGGAAAAUGAGACCCAUGUUAUUUUCUCCCCAUAGUGGGAGAAAUGUCUAAGUUUAUGUCUCUGGAACAUAAAAUUGGCCCCUGAGUGAUUAAUACAUUUUUUUCUUCAUGAAAAGGUUAGAAGGACCAAUUAAAAAUUAUUUUACCUUAGUAAGAAAUAACUAAAAAAAUAACUAAAUAACUAAAAUAACUAAAAGAAACAACUAAAACUAACCAUUCCAAGAAAGUCUAGUUCUGGUCAUUGCUGCUAUGUUAAGGCCAUGUAAUAUCUUAUUCCCCUAAUAGUUUCAUUAUUUUCACUGGGCCUUUCUGGAAUCUCUUUGAUUCACAGAACAGAUUUUCUGUGUCCAAGGACCAGUUUGUACAGGGGGGUGGGUCCCUGGUCAAUGGCCAUUAUUAAGACUGUAACAGAAAAUCACUCUUAUUUCAAAAUGACUGGUCUGAUGUGAAUCAAGUAACUUUCAAUGUAUAUGCUACUGAGUUCUUAAGAGAAACAAUGCAGUCACAUUUUAAUGCCAAAUAAGUUACACAACUCAUAGAAGUAUUUUUACUGUAAUAAAAAAUUUAACUAGUACUUUUGUCUUGAACAAAACAUUUUAGUAGGCAUACCAGCUUGUGCUAUUGUAUACUGCUGUGUAAAAAGCUGAAUAAACUUGUUUACCUUUCUUGCUAAAGUUCUCUAGUUUAAAAUGUAAAGUGCUAGAUGGUUAAACAGGUAAUGAGGGACUUCAUCCUAAAUAAAUAAUUUCUUAGUAAGGAAUGUAAUAUUUAAAAUACAUGCUUCUCUUUGGCAAGUGGUGAGGAAUAAUGAUUUUUUAAAAUGAGAACAAAUGCUGGGAAGAUUUGAGUGGUAUCCAGAUAUACUGAAGGAAAUGCAUUUUCAUUUACUUUCAAAUACGUUUCUUCUGAACACUCAGUCAGGGGCUUGUAUUGGAUGUUUGCACUAGUUGAUCAAAGCUAAUUUUUGUGAGAAAGAACUCAAUUCUUCUGUACAGCUGGUAAACAAAAUGUUUUUAGAAACUGUUAUGCUGUAAUAAAAACAGUAUUUACUAGUGAAUAGCUCCAAUUUAUUUUACAGAAUCUCCAAUUUUGAAAUAAAUGGACAGGCUUCCUGUA